GGUAUUAUUUUUAUCUCAUAAAACCACAUUCAAAUAUACAUACGUUGCGAAGAAUUGACAAGGCUGAACGCUAACAAUAUAGUCGUUGAAAACGUGCAAAAACGAUUUUUACGUGCGAUUGGCUAUGUUUUAUAAUACGUAAUGUUUUAUUGAAUUCGUAAAAUAUUAUUAUCAAGUUUGUGCAGUUUUAGAAUUAAAAUUUAGUGUUUAAAAUGAAGGCUGUUAGUGAUAUCAAAGAAAAUAGUUUAGAAAGUGUAUUGGUGAAGUUAAAAAUAUACAAGCGUUAUCAUUUGCAAGUUGCUUUUUUAUUGUUUAUAUCGUUCGCCUUCAAUACAAUACAUAAUACUAAUUUUAUUUUCGUCACUGAGAAGGUUGCUUACAGAUGCAAACAUUACAUCGAUAAUACAUCAAAUAUUUGCGCGGAGUGGGAAUAUGACGAUCCAUAUAGUUUUGUGGCCGAGUACAAUCUAGCUAACCAGGAAUGGAAGCGGACUCUUGUGGGAUCUAUGCACAGUUUGGGGAUUAUGGCGGGCUUAUUGAUUGUGGGACCUUUAUCUGACAGGUUCGGCCGAAAGAAUGUGCUCGUGGUGACAGGUACACUUGGCGGUGUUUUCGGUGUAGCGAAAAGUUUUUCACCCUGGUAUUGGUUUUACUGCGCACUAGAAUUCCUGGAAGCUGCUAUUGGUGACUGUUGUUCGCCUUGCUACAUUUUAAUGACGGAAAUAGUGUCUGGUAAUCAGAGAAUUAUAUUUACGUUGAUGUGUAUCCUGGGUCACCCAUUUGGCACAUUCAUGACCGCCUUAGUUGCCUGGCUGUUUCCAUUCUGGAAGACAUAUUUACGUAUCCUCUAUGCACCCUGUCUUCUUUACGUAUUAUACAUAUUUUUCUUAGACGAAAGCCCUAGAUGGUUACUUAUAAAAAAGAGAAAGGCAAAAGCAACCUCCAUUUUAGAGAAAGCAGUAAGAAGAAAUAAUGUACUGAUAGAGAAGAAUGUUGUGGAAAACAUUGUUUGUGAAGACUUUGUAAAGACAGCUUAUCUAAAUGUACUUAAGACAACAUUUCAAUCGAAGUUGCUACGUAAAAGAUUUUUCGUGUGUUUAGUUUGGUGGACGACAUCAACAUUCGUGAACUACGGCAUGUCAAUAAAUGCGGUAACGUUGUACGGAAACAAGUAUGUUAAUUUUGCAUUGUUGGGCAUCGUUGAAGCAUUGGGAAUGUUUAUGAUGACAUUUAUUAUGAUUAGAUUUAGAAGGAAAUAUCCCUUGAUGAGUUGUUUCUUUGCUGCUGCAGUAUUGUGUAUAUCACAACCUUUUGUACCGAAAAAUCUGUCAUGGCUGUCAAUACUACUCUACAUGAUCGGGAAGUUGAUGACUUCCUUAUAUUUCGGAAUAACAUACUUGUAUACAUCGGAACUGUAUCCGACUUUGACAAGAAAUUCAAUGCACGCGCUUUGUUCCUCUUUAGGAAGAAUUGGAGCAAUCAUUGCUCCACAGACGCCUUUACUGAUGGAGUAUUGGUCGGGUUUUCCGCCUUUGAUCUUCGGUUUAGUUUCCAUAUUCGCUGGUCUACUCACAAUCACUGUGCCGGAUAUUUCAAACCAAGCAUUACCAGAUACGGUGCGUCAAGCUGAAGAGUUGGGUGAUCCUGAUGUACAAAUAUCAUCAUACGUUACAAAAAAUACAAUGCAAUAACAAGAUACAUAAAUGUUAAUAAUGAUAGAGAUAUUAUUGUGUGUAUUUUACAUUUUAUAAUUUUAAAAGUCAAGUGUGAAGCUGACGCAAAUUUUU